AUGCUGGAACUUUGUGAUGGUGAUGAAGACGGUUGGAAGGAGCUUUGGACUGACGAUGGAAUUGCUUUUCACACAAGAAAGGGCACCGAUGCUUGCGCUGUGGAUAUUGUUCGAUGUCGUCUGAUCCUUGAGGAAACCGAUCUGGCAACAGUGCUGGCUAUGGUUACACCAUGGCUUCCCUAUCGUAUCCAAUGGGACGAUAUUUUGCAGAAAUGCGAACUAGUUCAAGAACUUGACAAAGGCUAUCGUUUGGUCCACCAUGUAACCAAGAAAAGAUUCCCUCUUUCUGCCAGAGACUCUGUAGACAUAGUAGGCAAAAUUCUUGAGCCAAAUCGGGUGAUAAUGGUUGCUAGAAGCAUCCCCACCGCUGCACCAGCUCCAACUCCAGAUAUCGUGCGCACUUACCAGCAUAUUGGUGGAUAUCGUUUCUGUACCAAGGGAGAACAUGACGUCGAAUUCACGAUGUUCUUCCAAUGCGACCUGAAAGUAUCCGCACCCGUCUUCGUCCAGAAACUCAUCGACAAAGCAAAGCCAAGAUUCAUGUGCGAUAAAGUGAAAUCACUACGCCGUGCCAUCAAAACGAUGCAUAUUGAUCCGGAACAUUUGGAAAAGUGGUGAAGCUGUGCGGGCACAAUUCUGUAUAUAUUCUUCAAAUCUCACUACACUAUUGACAUUUGCACUUGCUCAGUUUUAUUAUCAUAACAUUUUAUUACAAAGAGGAGAGCAUGUGAAGGAAUAAAUUUAUUACAUUUGUACGCGUAUAUCAUGAUAUCAUGGAGUUUUAGGAUUUAAGAAGUUCUUCAAAGUUUUCC